AUGAGACACCUCCGUAGCGGUUAUAGCUACAGAGGAGGAGCCAUGGCUGGUGCUUUUGUGUUUCUUCUGCCCUUUCUGUUUUGUAGCCUAUUCACUCCUCUCAGCCACGCUUCACCUUCCACGAUGUCGGAGUGGAAUGCUCCCAAACCUAGGCAUUCACGACUUCUCAAGAGUGCUCUGCAACGCAAAACUUCGAAUGAACAACAGCUAUGGAUGCCUUUGGCUGACCAAGGAUGGAAAACCUGUGCUGAAUCAGACACUCCCUCCACACUGCCAGAAAAAUCUCGAGGAUAUAUUCAGGUUUUUCUUGAUGGAGGACUAAAUCAACAGAGAAUGGGGAUUUGUGAUGCAGUGGCUGUUGCUAAAAUUUUGAAUGCAACUCUAGUUAUCCCUCUUCUGGAAGUAAAUUCCGUGUGGCAAGAUUCGAGCACCUUUACGGAUAUUUUUGAUGUGGAUCACUUCAUUAAUGCAUUGAAAGAUGAUAUAUCCAUUGUGAAAGAGUUGCCGGAUGACUUCUACUGGAGCACAAGGGAAUAUUAUGCUACAGCCACCAGAGGUAAUAGAGUCAAAACAGCACCCAUUCAUGCUUCAGCAAACUGGUAUAUAGAGAAUGUGACGCCUAUCCUGCAGAGUUAUGGGAUUGCUGCAAUUGCACCAUUUUCUCACCGACUAGCAUUUGACAACAUGCCCAAGGAUAUCCAACGAGUUCGAUGCAAAGUCAACUUUCAAGCUUUAGUGUUUGUUCCUCACAUUAGAGCUCUUGGUGAUGCUCUUGUCAGUCGCCUCAAAUAUCCGCCUAGUGAAAGUGAAUCCAAUACUAAUUACCUUAAAGAUGUUACCGAUUCUAGAAGCAAGAAAGGAAAUGGAAAGUUUGUUGUGCUCCAUCUUCGAUUUGACAAGGACAUGGCUGCUCAUUCUGCCUGUGACUUUGGUGGAGGAAAGGCUGAAAAGCUGGCUCUAGCUAAGUAUCGACAAGUUAUGUGGCAAGGAAGAGUCUUAAACUCUCAAUUUACUGACGAGGAGCUGAGGAGUCAGGGACGGUGCCCAUUGACUCCUGAAGAAAUUGGAUUGCUGCUAGCUGCUUUGGGAUUUGACAACAGUACUCGCUUGUAUCUUGCCUCCCAUAAGGUUUAUGGUGGGGAAGCCAGGAUCUCAACCUUAAGAAGUUUGUUUCCAUUAAUGGAAGAUAAGAAGAGUCUUGCCUCUUCAGAAGAAAGAACCCGCAUUAAAGGAAAGGCUUCCUUAUUAGCAGCACUAGAUUACUAUGUUGGCAUGCAUAGUGAUAUAUUCAUUUCUGCUUCUCCAGGAAAUAUGCACAAUGCUGUGGUGGGGCAUCGAACUUAUCUAAAUCUGAAGACUAUAAGGCCUAACAUGGCGUUAUUGGGACAGCUUUUCUUGAAUAAAAGUUUGACUUGGCCAGAGUUCCAAGAAGCUGUUGUUGAAGGGCACAAAAAUAGGCAAGGGCAGCUCAGACUACGCAAGCCAGAACAGUCUCUAUAUACGUAUCCUGUUCCUGAUUGUAUGUGCAACGCUUAA